CCAAGAAUUUAAGAGAAUCGAAAAUGUGAUCCUUUGAAAAUUUGAGCUUUACUUGUGUUUGGAAAAUUCUCUGCUUGGAACUUAAUUUAAUGGAAAAGAAACCGAACAAAACGAGAAGGAAUUGGUUGAGGACUGCAGAUAUGGUUGUAUCGAAUUCAGGAAUCUCAUCAUCAGCGCACCUUUUGCUUUGUCCGUUUCACAACUGAAACAGUAUAUGUGGCCUUAUUCUUCUUUUACUUUCCUUCCUCCUCCCCUCUCUCUCUAUAUCUACUUGUGUGUAUGCUUCUAAUUGAAUAAUCAGGGCUCAGCUUCUAGCUCAAAUAUUGGGUGCUUCGGAAUUGUUAAUACAAGUUUGUUAUCCAGUGAUUAGGGUCUUCCUUCCUUGUCGUGGGCUCUCUUCAGUGAGUCUUGCCGUUCGUUGUGCUGGCCGUCCAAUUUUAACGACUUCGACUCUGAUUUUUGAGUCUCACGUGAGCAUAUUUCACUGCAGCCAUUGUCUUAAGAAUUGCACCGACAUAGAAGUAGGUCAGCAGUUGCUGCAUUUUGUGCCAAUCGUAUGCAUCAAUUGUAGAGCACUAUGACUACUACUCCAUCCAUUCCUUCUGGAAAACAGAUUCUCUUGGAGAUUGGGAAUACAGAAAAGCAAUUGUGGGCGUUGAUCCAUUCUAAAGGCCUAUUGCACAAUGAUACACAAGAAUUGUACCAGAAAGUCCGUUCUAGUUAUGAGAGAACAAUCCUGAAUAAUCACACGCUUUCUGAACUCCAAGAUGUUGAAUAUUCUUUGUGGAAACUUCACUACAAGCACAUUGAUGAAUUUCGCAAAAGGAUAAAGAGGGGAUCUGGUAAUGCAGAGAACACAAAAUCAGGAGCAGCGCAAAAUGAUUCUGUGCUGAGAAACACUGACAUUCAUCUAAAUGCAUUCAAGUCAUUUCUGUCAGAAGCUAUUGAGUUUUACCAAAAUCUGAUUGUAAAACUCAGAGAACACUAUGGAGUCUCAGAAGAUGCUUUGUUUUAUAAAAAGGGUUGUAUCUCUAGUUCAAUUGAACCAGAUGCCAUGCUGAAAUGUCAAUAUUUAUGCCAUCGCUGUUUAGUUUGUAUGGGCGAUCUUGCUAGGUAUGAACAACAAUGUGAAAAUCCUGAUAUUCAUACUCAUAACUGGUCAGUUGCUGCCACCCAUUAUUUGGAAGCAACAAGGAUUUGGCCAGAUAGUGGAAAUCCUCAUAAUCAGUUGGCUGUAUUGGCAACAUAUAUUGGUGAUGAAUUUCUUGCUCUUUACCACUGCAUCCGGAGUUUAGCUGUUAAGGAACCUUUUCCUGAUGCCUGGAACAAUCUUAGUUUAUUGUUUGAAAAGAACAGGUCAUUUGAUCUGCCUUAUGUUUCCAGUGAAGCCAGCAGCAUUGAUUUCUCAAAACCUUCUGACAGCAGUGAUCAGACUAAAGCCCGGCCUAAAGGUGAUGGCCUAAAUAAUAUGUUCAAAGGCCAAAGUAAUCACGUUACAGACACAAAGUUAUGGUCAUUUAUGGUCAGAACAAUAGGCUUCUUCUUCAUAAAAUCAAGCAGUUUUGACGAAUUCCCAAUGGUCUUGGCUUCUACUAUCAGAGAGUUGGAUAGACUGUUGGAGCUAGGAGAUAUAGAACUAAAGACCCUGUUAGAGUCCUAUGAACAAGUAAAUUUAGCCAGAAGAGGUCCCUUCCGAGCCAUACAAGUAGCUGCAGUACUCAUCUUCGUCCUAAACCAUCUAGUUGAGCCCCUAAUGAAGAAUGAACCAAAAGACGGAAAUGAAAGACAGUUUCCGGUGCUGAUACAGUUGGCAUUAUGUGCUGCCUUCAGUUUCAUGGGACGUUUUGUUGAAAGAUGCCUAAAGUCUAAUCCAUUGCAUUCUUGUCCCUUACUGCCAUCUGUACAUGUUUUUGUGGAAUGGACUGCAAGCAUGCGUGAUUCACUAGAAGUAUAUGCAACUGAUGAAAAGAGUAAGGGUGCAAUGUCUUACUUUUUCGGAAUGCUUCUUGAUCUUCGAAACCAACUUAGCACCAAUGGAAGGGAGACCACGAAAUUUUUAGAUAAAGCCCCUCUGUGGGAAGAUUAUGAAUUGAGGGGCUUUUCCCCUGCAGCAUGCGUGCAUGUCUCAUUAGAUUUUUCUGGUAAUUGGGAGCACAUAGACAAUUUUGAAAGUGGCAUUGAACUGCGCACUCUGCGCAUCAGAAAUGCAGCAAUGAAAAUUACAGGCAGAUCAAGUGACUUGCAAACGAGGAUCUUAUGUGAUGAAUUAGGAACAAAGUUUCAUGUGGGUAGAUUAGAUGAUAGUGAUGUAAAGAAGGAUACAGGAAAUAUGGAGUCUGAUUGCAAUAGUAAAAAAGUGGAAGAGUCUGAUCGGCAAAAUCAUAGAGAUGAGGAGGUACGUGGCAAACCCACGACAAGCAAUGAACCAGGUAAUUCCAGUACCAAUGGGAAACUUGCUGCGGUGGAAGAAGAAGAAAUUAUACUCUUCAGACCCCUCGCAAGAUAUAAUUCAGCACCUUCAUACCCUUCUGUUCCUACAAAUGAUCGGACAUCACCAAAAGACAAGGAUGAUCACAGCCUACAUUCUGAUGAUUGUUUGCGCCGUGCUACAUCACUACUCAUGGCUCAAAACCAAACUCUCAGUAAUCCCAUGGGAUUUCAUGCUGAUAUCGAAAAUUUCAGGAGCAACAAAGCGUUCACACAAGCAGAAACUUCAAUGAAGGAAUCAAGUGGCCACAGUUCCCCUCGAGGCCCAAUCUCUGCUGGCCCUCCAUCACUCAAUGCGUGGGUCCUAGAUAGAGGAAGCUUUAGCAACAACAAUAGAGACAAAGGGACAAAUGAUAUUAGUGAGCACAGAUUGGAGCCUAUUCAGGAAUUAACAUCUGCAUCCCUGGCUGGUCUUUCCAUCAAUGGAUCCAAGGAUUCCUCCAUCAGUACUUCAUCGAAUCAAUCUCCAAACUUCCAUCCAUCUUCUCCUACGUAUUCCAAUCCAGUUCCUUCUGCUCCAUUGUUGCCAGAAAAUGCUGCUUGGUUUGCUGACAUACAAUCUAGUGGGUCUACUCCAUUGAUGCCAAAUAUUCCAUCACCUCCAAUUAGUGGCUAUGCAGAUUUAAGUCCUACUUAUGGACCAGUUGGUUAUGAUCCUUCUUAUCCAGCAUUCGCAAGUGGAUAUGCACCGACUCGCAGAAUGACAUCUUCAGAAUGGUUGCGUUGGUAUAGAGAGAAUUAUAGCCAUGAGAGGGCCAAUAAUCUCAUGCAGCCUACCCACUACAAUGUCUCUAGAAAUCCUGAGAACUUCCUUUAUCAUGACCCUUACAGGUUUGCUCAGUUUGAUAGAUGGGGAAAUCCUUUAACGCCUAAACAGUACACAUACAUGGAGCCCCCAGCGCCACCAUCAACAUUGCUGCCAAGUUUUGCUUCUGCUAUGGGGCAACAAGGCGAACAGAUGAGCAGUCCCUUUAACAAUUUCCAAAGAGCAAGUCCUUAUGGGUGUGGUGCUGUGAGAAAUGAGCCUCAGCCUCUGAUAGAAUUCCUUAAGGAGAAGGAAUGGCGAAUCCAGCGAGAUCCUACCCUCAGAGAGCCUACGUUCAUGGGAAAUUAGAAACUCCGGUCAUGAGAGUUUUAGUUUGAUCACUUGAAGACUGUAAACCUUACUUUGCUUUUACUUCAACAUCAGAGAACAUCAAACUGUAAUGUAUGUAGAUGUUUUUCCGGUCAAAAAAAAAAAUGUAUGUAGAUGUUUCAGUUUUCACUUUUAGAUAAAGUGCGCAAGAACCUUCAGAAUUCAUCCUCCUUCAUGUACAUUCACACUCAAUAGUGAACGUUAGUUUCGCAAGAAAGCUCAAGGUAUGGCAUGGUGUAGGGUAUC